GAUGAAGUUUGAAGCCAACACAUCCAUUUCUCGCUAGUAAGAUCAAGAAAAAUCCAUUGAAGCCUACUUCCUACCUAAAUCUUCAUGGAUCCUUGGAGUGAAAGUGAGGGCAAGAGAGCCCAUGAUCCUAUCUUCAAAUGUUUCAGCCAAAACCAAGGUCACCAUCACUUCAUGGAAAGGAGCACAGAUGCUGCUGUUGCUCUCUCUGAGAGAUGUAGAUGCAUCUGGGUUUCAGGUCCAAUUAUCGUGGGUGCAGGACCAUCAGGGCUCGCUGCUGCUGCAUGUCUCAAGGAGAAGGGAAUCAGUAGCCUUAUUCUUGAGCGCUCCAGAUGCCUAGCUUCCCUCUGGCAGCUCAAGACAUAUGAUCGUCUCAGCCUUCAUCUUCCUCGGCAAUUCUGUGAGCUUCCUCUCAUGCCUUUCCCUGCCGACUAUCCGAUAUAUCCCUCAAAGCAGCAGUUUGUAGCCUACCUGGAGAGCUAUGCUGCAAGUUUUGGCAUAUGUCCCACAUACAAUCGCACAGUGGUGUGCGCAGAGUAUGAUGAACAGCUUCUGUUAUGGCGUGUGAGGACGCAGACUUCUGACACAACGGGAGAGGAGGUGGAGUAUGUAUCCCGGUGGCUUAUUGUGGCAACUGGUGAGAAUGCUGAGGCCGUGCAGCCGGAUAUCGGUGGUCUACAAGAGUUCCCGGGAACAAUCAUGCACACCAGUGCAUAUAAAAGUGGCAGUGCAUUCACUGGGAAGCGUGUUCUCGUUGUCGGGUGUGGAAACUCCGGGAUGGAGGUGUGCCUAGACCUCUGCAACCACAGUGCCGAGCCCCAUAUUGUUGUAAGAGAUGCUGUACACAUCUUGCCCAGGGAGAUGCUUGGCCACUCCACCUUUGGUCUGUCAAUGUGGCUCCUCAAGUGGCUCCCGGUCCACGUUGUGGACCGUGUUCUUCUGUGCAUAGCGCGGGCCAUGCUCGGGGAUACUGCUCGGCUUGGGCUAAAGCGGCCGGCCUCUGGUCCUCUUCAGCUCAAGUCACUGUCUGGAAAGACCCCAGUUCUUGACGUCGGCACAUUUGCAAAGAUCAAGUCUGGAGAUAUCAAGGUACGACCUGCCGUAAGACAGGUAUCAGGAAGAGCGGUAGAAUUUGCGGACGGUGAGUUGGAGGAGUUCGACGCCAUUGUGCUUGCGACUGGCUACAAGAGCAAUGUCCCCUUCUGGUUGAAGGACCGAGUGUUAUUUUCUGAAAAAGAUGGAUUGCCAAGAAAAGCAUUUCCGAACGGGUGGAAGGGUGAGAAGGGCCUGUACUCGGUUGGGUUCACCCGGCGUGGACUGAUGGGCACCUCGGUCGAUGCCAGGAGGGUUGCCCACGACGUCGAGCAGCAAUGGCGGAAGGCCAAAGGGACGCAUCGGGACGGCGUUCCUCUACCUCUGGUCGCUGUUGUUUACCAUGGUGAUGGGUUGUGAUUGUGAGUUGCCAAAGGGUGUAUGUACGUACGCAUGCAUUCUGCUGCUUGCUUGUGUAGUGCUUUGUAUAGGGUAUUGUACUGUCAAUUUCUUUUUCUUUUUUUCUUUUGGCGUGCGUUCGUUUUGAUGACUAACCAUCCUACGUACUAUAGGGGAGGGGGUGAAUACUGAGGUGGCCGUGUUCUUCCAAAGUCGGGGCUCAGUUGACUUGGCCUCUAGCUACUGAUAAUGAAAGAAGCUUGCCUGGUUU